GUUGUUCAGACAUUUGUACGCGACAAUCUCCAUGAGAACUGGGCGUUUGCUUUCGAUCGCGAGUGCGGGCACCUAACCAACCUCGCCGAUCUCGAGGGAACGACGGUAAUGUUUAUAAAUAUUCCGAUUUGACAUAUGUUACGCGAGAUCGACGACAACCUCGUCGCACUUUUACGCAAACUUUUCCGUCUUCGGUGAUGUUCGCGCGAUGCACUUCGAAGCUAUGCCGUUAAUGUGAUAGACCAUCGCCGAGGAAAAUCGGACGUCGAGAAGAUGACAACUGCCCAGAGCGGACACGAUCACUCUCUCGCUAUCAGGCAGGAAAUACAACGUUUCGAGAGCGUCCAUCCCUCGAUUUAUGCCAUUUACGACCUAAUAGAACUCGUGUCCGACGCGCACAUCGCCAAGCAAAUUCGCGAGCACGUCGUGGCGAUAGAAGAUUCCUUUGUCAAUAGUCAUGAAUGGACCCUGGCGAGAGAUGUCCCAGAAUUGCAUUUGGGAAUUAUUGGCUCUUCAGACUCGGGGAAAUCGGCUCUUGUCCACAGGUACCUCACUGGUUCCUUUAUGCACGAGGAAUCGCCAGAAGGUGGUCGCUUUAAAAAAGAAAUUUUUAUAAAUGAUCAGAGUUAUUUGCUCUUGAUCAGAGAUGAAGGUGGUGUGCCAGAGGCUCAAUUUUCAUCUUGGAUAGAUGCUCUAUUACUUGUAUUCAGUUUAGAAAAUGAAGAGAGUUUUUCUAUAGUUUGCAGUUUUUAUAAUAGAAUGUGUUCUUUCCGGAAUAUGUCAGAGGUACCAAAAAUACUUGUAGGUGUACAAGAUUCGAUUAAUGACACUAAUCCUCGUGUCAUAAAAGAUGUUAGGCCGCGAAAACUGGCUAGUGAUUUAAGAUGCCCUUAUUAUGAAACAUGCGCUAUUUAUGGUUUAAAUGUUGAGAGAGUAUUUCAAGAUGUGUGUCAAAAAAUUAUACGAAAUAUAUCAAUGAAACAUUUCCCAUGUGAUAUAUGUCAACACAGUGCAGAGAAUGACAUUAAGUUUCCAGUCCCCGUUGCUACCAAAAAUGUACAACUUCAAAACAAAGAGGUGGAGACAAAUUCAUUGAAAAUUUCGGAAAAAGACGAAGAUUGUCGAUCUAUUCAUAACAAUUCUGUGCCCAACGAUUCGGGAUUGCUGAAUGAUAAUUUUCAUGAUGUGCAAAAUCAACAUGGAGAACUACGAUCGUCGAUUUUAACUCCAACCACUAUUAGGAAAUUUAGAAGAAAAUCGAAUAUAUUUACGCCUUCUAAAAAAGAAAAAUACAUGGGUGAAAUGGGUGUUGGUAGAGAAAUACCAGUUAAACAAGGUUAUUUGUUUAAACGAAGUAGCAAAUCUUUGAAGGAAUGGAAGAAAAAAUAUGUUACAUUGUUAGAAGAUGGUCGUUUAACGUAUCAUUCAAGCUUACAUGAUUAUAUGGACGAUACUAAUGGUAAAGAAAUACUUUUACAAUAUGUUACUGUGAAGGUGCCUGGUAAAACGCCAAAAGGUUCCAAGUCCUAUAAUGCUCAAGAAGACAGUUUCGAAUUUUCUAUUAUCUCCUUGGAGAACAAGACUUGGCACUUUGAGGCAAACAAUGCUGAAGAUAGAGACAACUGGAUUGCCGCGAUAGAACAACAAAUAUUAUCAAGUUUACAGAAUAGCGACGGUGAUAAGAAAAACGAAACCGACGCAUUUAAGAUGCAUUGUAUAAAAAACAAAGUUUCGGGAAAUGAUGCAUGCGUCGAUUGUGGUGCACCGAACCCCGAUUGGGCCAGUCUUAAUUUGGGUGUGUUGAUGUGUAUCGAAUGUUCUGGUAUUCACAGAAACUUAGGUUCACACAUAUCUAAAGUUCGAUCAUUAGAUUUGGAUGACUGGUCUGCAGGUCACUUGAGCGUCAUGCUAGCCCUCGGCAACGAUAUAGCCAACAGUAUCUGGGAAUAUUGUUUAAAUGGAAAGCAAAAACCGGUCUCGGAUUCAUCUAGGGAAGAGAAAGAACAAUGGAUCAGAUGGAAGUACGAAGACAAGCUGUUUUUGCCGCCGAUUAAUCCGAACAUUUCUUUAGGAAAAUUGCUCAUCGAUUCCGUUUGUCGAGGAGAUAUGCGAGCAUUCACAUUAUGCUUGGCCCGAUGUAAUUACGAGGAUAUUAAUAUGUCAGUUAGCACAGAAGAUCUAAGAACACCGUUACAUCUUGCUUGCGCAACCGGAAAUUUAGCAAUGGCGCAACUUUUAAUAUGGCAUAAAGCGAAUCCACAGAAUCUAGACCACGAAGGACGAACAUGCAUGUCGUAUGUGCGAGCUUUGGAAAGAACGCUUGACAACUCGUCCGACUCUAUGGAAAUGCAGAAGCUCCUCGAGGUAUUGGAGCAAGCCAGUGUCUCUGGAAUGGAUGACGCAGAUGCAUCUCAGUAUUAAAGCUUGAAAAAAAUAUGCCUUAAUCACGCUGUCUGCAUUUUCCAUAAUGAUAUAUAUAUAUAUACGUUGUUAAUACUUGUGUACUUACUUAUAGGUAAGGCCAUGUUUUAUUAGUGGCUAACGAGGAAGGGAAUUUUUAUCGCUUUAAAAUGAUAUUGGUUUAAGAAAGUCGCCAAAGUAUAUUGAACAAGAUUGGAAUAUAAUAAUGAUCAAUUUGUAGUU